CUAGAUCUAGAUAAUCUAACCCUCAAAAUAACAAUUAGAUCUAGAUCUACAUUGAAUGUGCUAAUGAAAUUUAAAAUAAAUAGACUGAAAAGAUGUCUGCUAAUAACGUUUCAAAGCAUAAAGAAGGACUGAAGGCUUACCUUCUCUUAAACCACAAGCAGGAAUUACUCCAGAUUUUAGAAGAAGAUGAUGAAGAAGAAUAUCACUCACUCACAGUAAAUGCGUUGUCUCUGUUUGAAACAAACAUGGAGUUUUGUGACCUACUCUUAGCUUCUCCGUUAUCACUUUUGACACUGUUUGAUGCUGCUUGUCUUGAGGCUGAAAAAGAUUUGAAGACAGAGAUAGACAAGGGUGGGACCCAGGCACACAUGACAGUAAAAAAGAAAGUACACGUCCGUGUUAUGUCCUUGCCUGUUUGCCCUGAGCUGAGCAGAACAUCACUGCCUCGCACUGCAGAUGUGGGAAAUUUCCUGGCAGUCACUGGCACUGUGAUUAGAACUACGUUGAUUCGAGUUCUGGAGCACGAAAGGGAAUAUAUUUGUUCGAAAUGUCGAACUGUGACCUCAGCUAAGGCUGACUUUGAACAGUUUUACAGUCUCAGUAAACCAACAGUCUGCAGUAACGAUGCUUGUGGGGGAAACAAUUUGGUCCCUUUAGGAGAUCGAGCAACUGGCCCAAAUAUGUGCAGAAACUACCAGGAAAUAAAGAUACAAGAACAAGUCCAGAGGUUGUCUAUGGGCACAAUACCCAGGUCAAUGUGGGUGGUUCUAGAGGAUGAUUUAGUGGACAGCUGCAAGGCAGGGGAUGAUGUCACCAUAUGUGGGACAGUGAGACAAAGAUGGAGGCCAACUAUUCCAGAUGAAAAAUGUGAUGUUGAAAUAGUCCUCCAUGCUAACCACAUUCUGGUCACCAAUGAACAAAGAAACCAUGUGAUCAUUACCCCAGAGCUUAAAGCUGAAGUGAGUGAAUUCUGGGAAAAGUACAAGUACAAGCCUCUGACUGGUAGGAAUGUACUACUGGCCAGCAUAUGCCCACAAGUGUAUGGACUCUAUGUGGUGAAACUUGCUGUUGCUGUGGUCUUGGCUGGUGGUGUUCAGAGAGUUGAUGAGAGUGGUUCAAAAGUGCGAGGAGAAAUCCAUCUAUUGCUGGUUGGCGACCCAGGAACAGGAAAAUCUCAGUUUUUGAAAUAUUCCUCCAAGAUCACCCCUCGCUCUGUUCUGACCACUGGUAUAGGCAGUACAAGUGCUGGACUGACCGUCACAGCUGUGAAGGAUGGUGGAGAGUGGCAGUUAGAGGCUGGCGCUCUGGUGUUGGCUGAUGGAGGCAUUUGCUGCAUUGAUGAGUUCAACUCUAUCAAGGAGCAUGACAAGACUAGCAUACAUGAGGCUAUGGAACAACAGACCAUAUCUGUUGCUAAGGCAGGCCUUGUUUGUAAACUUAACACAAGAACAACCAUCUUAGCUGCUACGAACCCUAAAGGCCACUAUGAUCCCAAUGAGUCGUUGUGUGUGAAUGUUGCACUAGCCAGUCCACUUCUGUCAAGAUUUGACCUAGUCCUGGUUUUGCUGGACACCCAGAAUGACCAGUGGGACAGGAUAGUGUCAUCUUUUAUUCUGGAAGGUAGAAAUCCUGCCGACAUGACUGACAUGAAUACAGUGUGGUCCAUGGACAAAAUGCAGGCCUACAUUACGCUCAUUAAGUCGUUGAACCCUCAGCUGUCACCUCAGGCUAGCAGAGUCUUGCAAGCGUACUAUCGCGCUCAGAGAGGAGCAGACGACAGAAAUGCUGCCAGGACCACCAUGAGACUGUUACAGAGUAUGAUUCGGCUUGCUCAAGGACACGCCAGGUUGAUGUUCAGGGAAAACGUAACAACAGAAGACGCUGUGGUAGCUGUGUCUCUGAUGGAGUCCAGCAUGCAGGGCGCAGCUCUAUUAGGGGGUGUGAAUACAUUACACACAUCCUUCCCUGCUGAUGGUGACACUGAAUAUGCCCAACAAGCUGAAUUAAUCCUGAAAAGACUUGGGCUUGAAGAUCUUCUACUUGAGGAGAUGAGAAAGUUGCAGCAAACAAAAGCUAUGAGAUCCAGAGGACCAUCACAGUCACAGGUUAGGAGAGAUGUGCUGAGUACUCAACAUCAGAGAACUAACAUCAGUACAUCAGGCCCUGCUGGAAAUGGUGGCGUGCAGCAUGGGACUAGCCAGGCAAAUAGUGGGAAAGUGGCAAAACUUUCAGCAAGAGAAAGUUGUAUGGUAGGUGGCGCUGAGGUGGCAGAAAGUUCAUCAACUCCUGCAACAACAGAUUUUAUCCCAGAGUCCAACAUUUCUCAAGAAAGAAAACAAAGCACGCCCAUAAAUUCCACACCUGACAACACAAGAGGUGGAGCUUCUCUGGAUGUUUCAGUGAUUCCAGAAUCAUCCCAAGAAGAUGAGUCUACAGAUCUUCCUCUCACUAGUACCAGCCACCCCAACAAGCUGCAGAAAAAUUCAGUCUCACUCUCCAGUUUCAUCAACAAUAAAAAGGGUGCCAGUCAUUUAUUUGCCAAUAGUUGUUGGGGUGAGAGAAGCAUUUUACCAGAGGUGGGCAGAGGUUCUAAAAAUGACGACUCUGUUUUAAACCUGUUAUUAGACUCAAGUGUUUUAGCUGACGAUCUCGGGGGAGAAGAGUCAGAGAUGCGUGACUCCGAUGAAGGUAGAAAGAUAGAGUCUGCUGAAGCUGUGAACCACAACAACAUCAGGGCGAUGAUCAAACAAAGAAAGGAGUUGAUGGAACAGAGGCAGAACCUCAGGGAGGAAGUCAGCACAGGGGAGGUGAACCUGUUUACAGAGGAGGAGAGGAAAAAGGCGGGGAAGUUAGCGUACACUAAGCAAGGCUAUACAAAACAAAAAGUGACAGAUAGACAGAUUUCUAAACCGAAAGGGAAGAAGAGAGAAUUUAAGGUUAAGAAGAAAGAGUGUAAUAUUUCUGGAUUUCUUAGUGGAGAUAGUGAUGAUGAAGAUUUCUUUAUAGAAGAGAAGAAAAAUAAGAAUGUAGAUAAUAGAACGUCAGGGGCAUCAGAUGAAGAAGUGAAGGAAAAGAAAAAGUUGAAAUCAGAGUGUCAUGGAAGUGCAGCUGUAAAACAUAGCAAUCAAAAGAAACGAAAAAAUUCUUUAAAGGAUUCAAAACAUGAAACAGAUGUGAAUGAGAACAAAAGAAAGAAAGCUAAAUGUUCUGAGGCUAGUUCUGUUAUGAAGUCCGCAGAAAAUUCCCAGGAUGAUCUAGAACAGUCUCACUGCCAAGGUGAAAGAAAAAGUUCUAGACCAGUAGCAGUGACAACACUGAACAAGUUGAAAAACUUUUCUUUCUCUUCAUCUUCAGAGCCAGACACAACUAAGGCUGUUGUUGACAAAACAUCUAGCAUUGACCAGCUGGACCUGACCGGAGUUGUAAACAAACAAGAGAAAAAAGAAAUCAGGCCAGCAACACUGGAAACUUCCCCUUCUGAAUGGCAUUGUGGGAUUAAUUUAAACAUCACAUCUGACAUCCCUCCAGCAAUAGCCACUGAAAUUAAAAACCGACCAUGUGAUUUGGUUUCAAAUAGAAACAAGGACCAAACUAAUGUGGUAAUAAAUAAAAAUCAACCCAAUGAAGAAAGACCAGAAAGCAAAAAGACUGGAUUCUUUGCAAAGUUCAAAUUUCAGAAAAAAUCUACAUCAAGUUUAGCCUCAGCUGCAACCAACCCCAAUGCCUCCUCCCCUUCCAAGAACACCAGCACUGAAAGUGAACCCUGCAAAAAUUCAAUUGAGAACCCCUAUGAUAACAAGCACUCAACUGACAGACCACAUGACCAAGGUCACAGCAACUGGACAUCUCUAGUUAGCAAAGGUAAAAAAGUGUUUGAUUUAAAUUUUCAUGACACUGAAGAGUUAGAUGUUUCAAUUACUGCACCUUCUCCCUUGAAGAGCUCUUCAUACUUUCCUUCAGCUGGUGCUCAACAAAACCCACCCAAACAAGAACAACCCCCAGCUGUGAACAAAUUUCUCAAAUUUGUUAAACUAAAAAACACAGUAACUGAUUCAGUCAACUGUAACAGAAGUUCAACCAUAUCUGACAAUAAAGUCACAACUAACUCUUCCUUGGAGAGUUUAAAUAAAGAUUCCAGCAUUGACCUUGAUGAAACUGGAGAUUCCGAACCCUCAUACAGCCCUCGGCUAUCCCAGAGUACCAUCCUCAGCUCACCCUCACAAACACCUGAGACAUAUUCUAGCAGUUUACAUUUGAAUUCCUCCAUCUUCUCGUCCCUCACAUCUCAACUCUCACAUGACCAUGUGAGUGAUCCCACCACACCCACACAGCAGAAGAAAUUCACUUUCACCAGGUUAAAGAAAGACAGAGAAUGUGGACAGUCUGGUGUGGUCAGUACAAAGUUUGAUGAUUCAGAUAGUUGUGUGACCCCUCGCUCGCCCAAAGCUGGAUGUUAUCUUGAUGAUAACACAAGUUCAAGCAACUUUCAACCUUCUUUAUCUCAUUCAUCAAAGGGAGAUCAUUUAUCACUGUCUUCUCAUCUUAAUCAAGUAUCUCUGAAACUUACCUCAAACAACAUAACUUGUCCCUACAAUAAAAGCCAUAAAAGGCAAACAGUUUUAUCCAAAGCUUCAAGUCAAGGUCUUUUUUCUUCUUCAAGUUCAAUAUCAGACAUUAACCCUUUGUUUUCCAAAUCAAAUUUAACUUCAGACAGUAACCCCUCAUCAUCCAAAUCAAAUUUCACCCCAGACAUUAACCCCUCAUCAUCCAAAUCAAAUUUCACCCCAGACAUUAACCCCUCAUCAUCCAAAUCAAAUUUCACCCCAGACAUUAACCCCUCAUCAUCCAAAUCAAAUUUCACCCAUUUCACCCCAGACAUUAACCCCUCAUCAUCCAAAUCAAAUUUCACCCCAGACAUUAACCCCUCAUCAUCCAAAUCAAAUUUCACCCCAGACAUUAACCUCUCAUCAUCCAAAUCAAAUUUCACCCUAGACAUUAACCCCUCAUCAUCCAAAUCAAAUUUCACCCUAGACAUUAACCCCUCAUCAUCCAAAUCAAAUUUCACCCCAGACAUUAACCCCUCAUCAUCCAAAUCAAAUUUCACCCCAGACAUUAACCCCUCAUCAUCCAAAUCAAAUUUCACCCCAGACAUUAACCCCUCAUCAUCCAAAUCAAAUUUCACCCUAGACAUUAACCCCUCAUCAUCCAAAUCAAAUUUCACCCUAGACAUUAACCCCUCAUCAUCCAAAUCAAAUUUCACCCCAGACAUUAACCCCUCAUCAUCCAAAUCAAAUUUCACCCCAGACAUUAACCCGUCAUCAUCCAAAACAAAUUUCACCCCAGACAUUAACCCCUCAUUAGCCAGGACAUCAGCCCCUGCCUGGUUAUCCCGGUCAACAGUAAACAAACAAGCCCCAUUUCUUACAUUGUCUCAAGCUGACCUGUUUGAUGAAGACCUUGAUCAGCUUCUGGACACUGACUUGUGA